CAAGCCUCCCUCUACACCAACCAACACCAACCACAAAGAAUUGAAGGGAUUAUUCCAUCCUCCUCAGGCUUUAUCCCUUCUCUAAGUAAUUAAAAAUGAAACUUCCUCUUUCCGUUUUCUUUUGUAGCUUUUUUUGGAUCGCGAAAUUGACAUAUGCGGAAGUUUCGGAUCCAGAUAUUAUCGGCUCUUGGAGUUCGAAAUCACAGACAGUAAUGACUGGUCCUGACUUUUACGAUCCAUUACACGAAGACUUUUUUGAACCUGACCUUCCUGGUAUUAGUUACAGCUUUACGCAAGAUGGUCAUUUUGAAGAAGCAUUGUAUAUUAUAAAAUCAAAUGCUACCUUUCCUCAUUGCCCAAAGGCAUUUUUGCAAUGGCAGCAUGGUACUUAUACCAUCAAUGAGUCAAAGUCUAUCAUUCUUUCACCCGUCAAAGGUGAUGGACGUCAACUCGAAAGUGACCCCUGUAACUUUGGUAAUUAUUCUUCUUACACUCGUUAUAACCAAGAUGAGGUUAUGAAAGAAUACUCUGUUAGCAUCGAUAAGUAUCACGGUCGCUAUAAGCUUGAACUUUUUGAAUGGGAUGGUACUCCCAAACAGCCUAUGUAUCUUGUGUAUCGUCCCCCCAAAAUGCUUCCCGUUUCAUUUUCUGAUGCUACCGAUACUAACCAACUCCAACAAAAGCGCUGGCUUUCAAGAGUAACUGCAACCCUCGCCGAAAAGCAUACUUCCACAAUCUGGUGGUUAGGUUUAAGUUUCAUCGCUAUUGGUAGUAUCGGCUAUAUAAUCGUAUCGUAAUGAAGCCAAUCUUAUCCAUGAUUUGGUAAUUCCGUUAUGAUUCAAAAUUUUUUUUUCUUUAACGUAUAUAACAACUGUCAUUUAUUGAUUUCAUUCAAGUAUAAUUCUCUAGGUUCUUCUUUGCGCAAAAAAAACAUGCGUUUUCAAGGGAAACCUCAAAGCCGGGUUGUUUUAUUCACUCAUUCUUUUACUUUUUUUUUACUUUACUUAUCUGUGGUCUUGGGAUGGGAUACAUGAGCCCUCCCAUAUUAUAGCCAUGCAUUGUGCAUUACUCCUUUUGAGUCUUUCGUUCCUUUCUUUCUUUUACUUAUUUCUUUUCUCUACGUGCAACUUAAUUUUUUUAACUGUUCCUUCUACUCACUCUUAAUUUUCUUAUGCCCUGACAGGAAGUGAGACAGUGUUGGAUAUUGUUGCUUUGUAAAGAUCAUUCCUAUAGUAACAAAUUUUUUUUUGCGAAGAGCA